CGAUGGUAAAUAUCGAUAGAUGACAAAAAAAUUUUUUUGCCACAAAUGUCGCCGAGCUACAUAAUUGUUUAAUAAACAAUUAAUCACUAAUAUAAACAAAAUAGUGCAAAUUGUGUCAGUGUAUGUGUGAGCUAUUCAAUGUAAUUGGCAAGACUGUUCGUAUUGAAUGGCCUGCAAUUGCGCUACGUGCUGUGCCCACAGAGUAACAAUAACAAAAACAACAACGAAAACAAUAACAGCAACACAAACAACAACAACAACAACUGCUGCUGAACUAGAGCCACAACGCAAAGGAGAUUGAGAUUCGCAACGCAAUCAAAAAAAAAAACACACACACACAUACAAAACAAAAAAAAUAGAAAAAAAAACAACAGAAAAAAUUCCAUAAAGCGGAAAAUAACAUACGCUGCGUGAGAGUGUUGUGAAGGUGCCAAGGGGAAGGGGGCUGCCGCGAACAUAGCCCAAAGGUGGUUAACAGUAGCAGCAGCAGCAGCAGCAGCAGCAACAAAAACAACAACAACAGCAAGAAGAGUACGAUACUACGAGCGAGACCUUGAAAACUUUAAAAGAAAUAGCAACAAAAUACGCUCAAAAUAUUAACAAAAAACGCAAACAGAGCUGAGCGCAGCACGUCGAGAGUGUGAAGAGCGGAGAGUGGAGAGAGGCCGCCAAGUUAUGGAGAGUGACAAUUUUCCGCAGCGCGCCAAUUAAACAUAGAAAAAAGUAAAACAAAACAACAGCGAGAGAGAGAAAAGGAAAUGCAUUGUGGAGAAAAGCGAAUUCGAUAUCGAAUUCGUCGGCAAGCGUGAGCAAGAGACAAGCAAACGAUUUACAACAAUAAUAAUAAUAAUAAUAAUCAUAACAGCAGCAGCAGCAGCAGCAGCACAUCACUACACUCACACACACAAAGAAUCAUACACACACAUACACUCACACACACGCCAGACAACAACAAAUAACGUGCGCGAUAUGGCAGCAAUAGUCGCCCCUGCCGCUGCCUCAGCCAGCAGCGGCGUCGCAGUUAUGACAGCAGGCGUCUCAGAUGCGGCGUCAUCGGAGCCCAAUGGCGACGCCAAUGGCGCCUCAAAUGGUCGCGAGGCGCGCAACCUGGCCGAGAAGCAGCGACGCGACAAACUGAACGCCAGCAUCCAGGAGCUGGCCACCAUGGUGCCACAUGCCGCGGAGUCGACGCGGCGCCUCGACAAGACCGCUGUGCUCCGGCUGGCGACGCAUGGACUGCGAAUGGAGUAUGUGUUUGGCAAGUCGGCGACACGACGGCGUCGCAAACACAAUCUCAAGAUGCUGCCAUCGACGCACGAGACGCCACAGCUGACGGACACACUGAUGCAGUUGCUCGACAGUUUUCUGCUCACGCUCACAUGCAAUGGCCAAAUUGUGCUCGUCUCGGGCAGCGUGGAACAGUUGCUGGGCCACUGCCAGUCGGAUUUGUAUGGACAGAAUCUGUUGCAGAUUACGCAUCCCGAUGAUCAGGCGUUGUUACGUCAGCAGCUCAUACCACGUGACAUCGAGACGCUUUUCUACCAGCAACAGCAGCAGCAGCAACAACAACAACCACAGCAGCGACAACGACAGCAGCAGCAGCAGCAGCAUCAACGGCGGCACAAGCAGCGACGUCAAAAGUCAAGGCAUUCGCAAUCGCAUUCCACAUCGGCCAGCGACGAGGAGGAGCACGAGGAGGAUGAGGACGAAGCUAACGACGACGACGACGACGUGGAGCUCGAGGAACAGCAAUAUGACAACGAAAAUGGUGAUGGUGAUGACGAUGAUGUGGAGCUCAUGGAUAACAUCGAUGCCCACAUGCCACAUCGCAGUCGAACGCGAACGCGAACCCGCACGCCCAGCCCCGAGACCCUCGCCCAUUGGGCGGCCAUCGAUGAGCGUCUGCGCGCCGAUCGUCGCUGCUUCAAUGUGCGCCUCUCGCGGGCCGCAACGCGAGCGGAGUCGACGCGUCAGUACGAAUGGGUGAAGAUCGAUGGCUGCUUUCGUCGCAGCGAUUCAUCGGUGACGGGUGGCGCCGCUGCCAAUUAUCCAAUCGUCUCGCAACUGAUAAGGCGAUCGCGUAAUAACAAUAUGCUCGCUGUUGCCGCCGCCGCCGCCGCAGCGGCUGCUGCAGCCUCAUCUGAUAACUCGUCGUCGUCAUCGUCGCCGUCGCUGCCGCCUCCCUGCCUGCCACAACACGAUGCCAUCGCACAGGCCGCGCUCCAUGGCAUCAGUGGCAACGACAUCGUCCUGGUGGCCAUGGGUCGCAUCAUGCGCGAGAGUUCGACGAACCUCAGCCUCCUGUGCCGCCAGCCGGAGCCGUAUCAGCUGGAGUAUCGGACGCGGCAUCUCAUCGACGGCAGCAUCAUCGACUGUGAUCAGCGCAUUGGCAUCGUUGCCGGCUAUAUGAAGGAUGAGGUGCGCAACCUGAGCCCCUUCAGCUUCAUGCAUCUGGACGAUGUGCGCUGGGUGAUUGUGGCACUGCGACAAAUGUACGACUGCAACAGUGACUAUGGCGAGAGUUGCUAUCGACUGCUGUCGAGGAACGGACACUUUAUCUACCUGCAUUCGAAGGGAUUCCUCGAGAUUGACAAGAGCAGCAACAAGGUGCAUUCGUUUCUGUGCGUCAACACGCUGCUGGACGAGCAGGCCGGCAAGCGGAAGGUGCAGGAGAUGAAGAACAAAUUCUCGACAAUCAUCAAGGCCGACAUACCCACGCAGACGAGUCCCGAUUUGCCCGCCUCGAGGGCUCCUCAGCAGCUCGAACGGAUUGUGCUCUAUCUCAUUGAGAAUCUGCAAAAGACAGCAAACAACGGUAGCAAUGGCAUCGACGACAACAUCGAUGCCAUGGACGAUGGCUGCUGCAGUUCGCCAGCAUCGACGCUGACCCUGGAGGAGCAGGCGCCAUCGCCAGCGGCACAGUUGGCUCUGGUGCCGCCAGCGCCUGGGCAUGUGAAGCAUUCGAUAUCGAAGUCGGUGGAUGUGGUGAAUGUGACAUCCGCACGCAAUUUGCAGUACCAGCAAAAGCAGCAGCAGCAGCAGCAGCAGCAACAGUUGCAACAACAGCAGAAGCAGCAGCAGCAACAACAGCAGCAGCAACAACAGAAGGUGCAGCAACAACAGUCUGUUAUAAGGCAGCUAAGCUGUAGCGAGAGCUCCACAUUGUCGCCGGCAAGUGCGAGCAGCGUGGAGACGACUCUCGACGACGGCAACAACAGCAAUGCAUCCCCGCCACCAGCCACAGGAACAGCAGCCACAGCAACGGCAGCAACCACAGUUGUGGCGCCGCGAGUCAGCGUAUUGAAGCGACUGAUGUCAACGCCCAUCAAGUCGGGUGGAACAUCAGCAGCUGGAACGCAAAGCCGAGUAGCGACAGCGGCAGCAGGAGGAGGAACGGGAAAGGGAACGGGAACACAGCUGAAAGCGGCGCUGUCGAGCACGUUGCGCAGCUUGGACACACAGCUGGUGACGAUGGGCGAGGAGGCGCGCACGUUAUUCCAACAACAGUUGCGGCAACGCGAUGCCAUGCUGCCCAGGUUCGAGCAGCAAAUGGAUGCCAUUAUGCUGGAGCAUGAGGUCCAGAAGCAGUUGCUGGUGAACAUAACCAGCGAGUAUGAGACGCAGGUUUCGGUGAUAACAAACAACAAGCAGAAACAGAAACAGUCCAGUGAGAGCAACAGUAACAGUAGCAACAGCGGUAGCAACAGCAAUUAGUGUGGUUACUGCUGGCCAGUGUUGCGAAACGCCAACGUUUUUGCCUUUCGGAUUAGCUACAAUACAAUACUACAACACAACACUAUUUAUUUAAUGUACGUCGACACAUAGCUCAGUAUUCAGUGCACGGCUGAAGCCCCCUCUUCCUUUUCCUUAAACCUUACUCGAACUACCUCCCGUGUUUUUGUGCGUUGAUCAACACUUAGACCACACUUAAGACCCAGUGCAAAAAGAGUACAAAGAAAACACACACACAUACAUACAUUGUUUUUAAGCCCAAGCUACUCAUUAACUUUUAACAGAUUUUAAUAAUACAGACAGACAGAUGAGAGCGAGACAGAGACACAAAUUGAAAGAUAGAGAAAGAGAGAUUCUAGUUUUAAAUAAAUAAACAUUGUGCAACACUGAGCGCGACUGAGCAAUACGCAUAACAAUUACCACAUUUUGCAAGCAACACACAUUUGUGUACACACAAUUAAUACUCAAUUGAUAGCUGUAAUAAGACUAGCGGAAAAGUCUACAUACCCAGGCACUGGAGUUUUCCCUACCCCCCUCGAACACACACCUACACACCUACACACACACACACACACACUGAGCACUGAGCUAUUAAGAUCGAAUCCACUUUGUUUAUCUUUGCUUUGAGCUACUCGCACCUAUCUCGUUGCCUUUCCUUCCAGUCACCAGUCUCUUCACCAAUUUCCUUACUUAUAGCUUUCGAACUUCCCCCCUUUCCCUUUCCCCUUCCCCCGCUUCGAUUACGGUUGCGGUUUUUUUGUGGUUUGCCUUAGCAGUUAGCACCUUUUUGUUUCAUAGCGAAAUCUAUUGUCUUUCUUCUAUUGUUUGUUUUCUUGUCAAUGUGUAGCUAUUUUUAACCACAUUAUUAUUAUUAUUAUUAUCUAUUAUUUUUAUUAGAUUUUUGUUUGUUUUUCUCUUUUUUUUUGUGUAGCAUAGCUUUUGUUUUGGUUUUUCCCCAACAAUAAAUACGAGUAUAGAUUAUAACAUAAUCACUUUUUUUUUCGUUUCGUUCGUUCGUUUUUCUAGUGUGUAAUAUUAAUUUGUAAUGCCUAAUUUAAGCAAAUUUGUAGAAUUCUUUUAUGUUCUUUUGUAAGUUAACAAGUAACUUUCUUUCAACGAGUUGUGCUCUUAAAACACUUUUGGGUUAUAUCGCUACAGAUAUACGUAUACAUAUACAUACUAUAUAUAAUGAUAUAUAUAUAUUCUAAUAGAUACAUCUAAUGUGUAUAUAUUUAUAUAGUACAUUUUGUGUUUUUUUUGCGUUGUUGUCUAUAUCUUUUGUACAAUCUAAUUUAUGAAACAAAUUUCAACAAAAUAAAUACGAAAACAUAAAUUAAACCAACAAACAUUAACAGUAACAAAUGCAAAAACAAAAUUAAUAAUAACUAUACAAAUAAUAAUUAUUUUAUUAAAUGUAAUCAUAACGAUAAUAAUGCGUUACAAAUGUUUAGCAAUUAAAUAACUAGCAUGUAAACUAAUUAAUAAACAAAUCGAAAACAACAAUAAUUAUUAAUGAAAAUAAACAAGCAAAAAAUACGGCU